AUGAAGGCUGCUACCAGACUCCCCCUGACGGAUGAGUGCCACCAUUACAAAUCCAAGGCAGAAGUGCCUUGGGACCUCCAAAAAUACUUCUCUCAGCGCUAUUCCAUCUUCUCCUGGUACGACGAGGGCGUCCGCCUCACCGACGACGCCUGGUUCGGCGUGACGCCGGAACCCCUCGCCAACAAGGUCGCCGACGAGAUGUAUCACACUGACGCCUCCAAGCGCGUCCUCAUUGACAUGUUCGGCGGCGCUGGCGGCAACACCAUCGCCUUCGCCCUCUCGGCCCGUUGGGAUCGCGUCAUCUCCGUCGAGCGCGACGCUGCAACCCUCGCCUGCGCCCAGCACAACGCCGAGCUGUAUGAGGUCGGCGAGUACAUCACUUGGAUCCAUGGCGACUGCUUCGAGUACCUGGCCAAGCUUCGCGACGCCUCCGACGACCUGGCUGAGGAGCUGAGGGUCGACAUGGCCGAGACCGUUGUAUUCGCAUCUCCGCCAUGGGGCGGGCCCGGCUACAGCACCGCCGAGAUCUUUGACCUUAGCCAGAUGGAGCCGUAUACCUUGCAGCAGCUGCAUGACGCGUGUAAGCCCAUGGAUCACGCGCUGUAUCUGCCUAGGACAAGCGACCUGAGACAGAUUGCAAAACUGGCCCCGGAAGGGGAGAAGCUCGAGGUAGUGCAGUACUGCAUGGAGGGCGCGAGCAAGGCCAUGGUGGCAUUUAUACCAGGGACGCUGAGCCCACCAACGUUGAAGUCUCAAUAA